AUCUUAGUCACGAGGUCACAAAUAUAACUACUAGCCUUCUGCAGGCGUUUGGAGACUAUAACACCCCAAUGUUUUACUCAGUAACAGUGGAAACACUCAUAAAUAAAAUAGUAGAAAAGCUUCGGUCACAAGAAAACCAAASUUCACAUUUUUCCGACCUGGCUUACCAGUGUUCCCUGUAUUGCAUAGAAGUGAAUCGAAGAAAAGAAAAACGAUGAAUCUAACCUAUCUGCAGUAAAAAAACAAACUCUAAAAACAUUAUACUGCCAAUGAGAGGGGAAGCAAGCGAUUCUCUAGAGAGACACAAGACACAUCCAUAGAAGCAGAUAAAAAAUCUAUAUGAACUAACACUUCAAGACUGUUGAAAACUAUAGAAAUGUCUAGAAAGUCAAAUUACAUUUCUAAAAACAAUUUAAACUUCUGGAGUAUUUUCAAUAAUACAUCAACAAGAACUCAGUCACACCACAAGAUGUYCUUUUUAACAGAUWAAACAGCUUUUUCCGUGCUCCGUUCAGUAGUGUAAGGAGAAGGACGAGCCGUAGGCGAGUGCUUCUCACACUUUUCAGUAAAAAGCGAACAAAAACAUUUAUAAUACCAGAUUCUUGACAAGGUGGGGAGGGAAAGUCACUUCAUCUGGUACUUAGCCAUCAGUUUUCGAGUUCUCGAUCGUUUGGCUGUCUGCCAGUUUUCUCUUUCGAGCUUUUGAACAAAGUAUGAAGCUUGCUCUUUUACGACGUGAUCAAAGGAUGGCUUGAUUGUCCGCGAAUGUAAAUUCUGAAAACACGAAAAAAAAAAAAAAAACAAUUGAUGGCUUUGAUAUUGUGUUAUUUCAACCGAUACGUAGCGGCCUGGGCCCGGUUGGCAUGUAAGAAGGGUGAAUAGCACUAUCCGGCGGAUAAAUCCUUAUCCAGUGGAUAAGUCGAUGCUGUUAUCCAAUAAAUUUAUCCAGUGGAUAGGAUUUAUCCGUUGGAUAGCGCUAUCCAGGCUUCGUACAACCGGGCCCUGGCUAAGUAAGCUAGCUAGAGUGCAUUUAGUCACACUAUUGAAUAGUUAGAUACAUUUAUCUAACUUAGAUAACUUUCAGUUGACGUCACCUAAAAUAGUAAAUGCGCGUCAAACCAACGGUCAWGCGAAUACGGUGAAUAUCGUACAAUAUUCACCUCCAAUUAGCCAAUGAGAGCGCGCGUUCUUAGGAAGUACACAAGUUGGUAUAUGCUAAAGUCCAUUAUCAUCUUCGUUUUGUCCCCUGAUUUUCAGACCGUUGUAACGYAAAUUUUCGAUUUAUGUGACGUCAACUAAAAUAGUAAAUAACUUAUUUCAAAUAUUCAACAGUUAGACUAAAUUCACUCUAAAUUUCCUAGGGGCUAGUAUGUCGUGUGCACAUUGCGAGUGGUCUCACGUACAAAUAAAGUAAGAAGUGUGUCUGCCUGUAAAAACUGCAUGCCAAAAGCAAGCAAUAGUAUAACAUGUUUUUGUAUUUUCUUCUUGUCGCCAAACACAUUCAGUCACUGACCAUGGAGAUGAGACAGGUCUUAACAAGACGAAAGUUGAUUCAGUGCAUGUUAAUUCUGCAUCUGGCCAAGCGUCCAGUGGAGUAGAGAGGGGGGAUAAAUAUUAGAAAUUAGAGUGAACCAAUACAAAUGUUUACGUAAA